CCGGAAGCAGGAAGUGUUCAGGAGCUUGUCGUGAGUUGUCGUGGAGGCUUUGCUGCUGUUGCUGGUCUCGUCUUCCUGUUGGCUCAAAUGGCGAGCUUCACGGGUCCGGGUCGGACCGGUCCGGGACUCCGGUGCUGGGCUCUGGUCCUGCUGAUGCUGGCGGAAGUGAGCUGGCCGGUGGCGGCCGUGUCGGAACCGGGGAAGUGGGACCUGGACAUCAAUAGCGAUGUCCUGAAGGACCAGACGUACUUCUUCUACAGUAAAACUCUGUUCAAUAACAGCUUUAUCAGUCUCAAAUUUGUAUCAAAAGACUGCACCAUGUCUCACCCGAGCCUGGACGUUUCCUGGUAUCUGAGGAGCUCGCGCUGCAACAACGAAGUCUUCAACCUGGACAAAAAGCUGGCGGAGGAGUACUUCGUGUCGCAGAGCGUGGAGAGAGAAGGAGGAACUGGGUUCUAUUCUUCACACAAGUAUGAAACAAUCCACUGUGACAAUCAGAAUCCCAAGUUCAACCUGAACCAAUCCGAGCCGAUACAUCCGCUGAAACCACUGCAGCAGGCACAGCCAAGCACAGGAAACACUUCAGGGAAACGAAAGAGAGAGGCUCCAAAGCCACAGUCAGCAAAGACGAACGAAACCGACAAAGAUCAAAAACAGGCUGGGAAUCUUGGUUUCGAUGCGGUGGCUCAGAGCUGGGAUGACGGACCCUACAUGUUCAUCCUCAAAAUCGAAGAGAGCCAGCAGUCUGGUCCCAAAAAUCAAUGGAAUCUGAAGCUGCAGAUCAGUAUGAAGGGUCCACAUGGCUUUAUAUCAGCGUCCGAAUGGCCUCUGAUGAUGUUCUACAUGGUGAUGUGCAUCGUGUACGUGCUGCUCGCCGUGCUCUGGUUGGUUCUGUCCGCGUGUUACUGGAGGGACCUGCUCCGGAUUCAGUUCUGGAUCGGAGGUGUCAUCUUCCUGGGCAUGUUGGAGAAAGCCGUUUACUAUGCUGAGUUCCAGAGCCUCAGAUAUGAAGGCGUGUCAGUCACCGGGGCGGUGGUGUUUGCUGAGGUGCUCUCUGCGGUGAAGAGAACUCUGGCCAGAGUGCUGGUGAUCAUCGCCAGUCUGGGAUACGGCAUCGUCAAGCCGAGACUCGGCGCUCUGCUGCACAGAGUCGUUGGCGUUGGUCUGCUCUACCUGAUCUUCUCCAUCAUCGAGGGACUCUUAAGAGUCAACGCUGCUGAAGAUGAUGUAGUGCUCCUGGCUGCUGUUCCUCUGGCUGUGCUCGACUCUACCCUCUGCUGGUGGAUCUUCGUGAGCCUGACUCAGACGAUGAAGCUGCUGCGCCUCAGGAGGAACGUGGUGAAACUCUCGCUCUACAGACACUUCACCAACACGCUCAUCUUUGCUGUCAUAGCGUCGGUCAUCUUCAUCAUCUGGACCACGAAGACCUUCAGGAUGUCCAAAUGUCAGUCUGACUGGAGGGAGCUGUGGAUAGAUGACUCUUUCUGGCGUUUCUUGUUCUCCAUCAUCCUAUUGGUCAUUAUGUUUCUAUGGCGACCGUCAGCCAAUAACCAGAGGUACGCCUUCAGUCCUCUGGUGGAUGAAGAGAGCGAUGAAGAGGAGAAGGAACCCAUGAUGAACGAGGCUUUUGAGGGGAUGAAGAUGAGGGGCAUGAAGAAUGAGGCCAACGGCUCAGCCAAAGCUAACAAAGUGGAUGAGGACCUGAAGUGGGUUGAGGAGAACAUCCCAUCAUCUAUGGCAGAUGUCGCCCUGCCGCCCCUGCUGGACUCUGACGAGGAAACGAUGACGACCAAGUUUGAGAUGUCCAAGAUGGAGUGAAGCACAAAAGAGGAGCUUUUUUAAAACCAAGAGACUGUGGCAUCACCGAGAGGUACGCCCACGUGACGAGGAGGAGGGAGAGAUGAAGCGCUGGAUGAAGGAGGGAACCGAUGGGAGCGAGAGCUCAGUGUCGGCGUGUGAUUUCAUCCCUGAACUUAUGAGCUUUGUAAGCCUUGACCUGUACAUACGCUGGGAGCAGAGUUGAUGCUCACAUCCUUUUAUUUGGUUCUUUUUAUUUCCUGUUUGUACUUAUACGCCUCUCUCUGUAUACUCUGCAUACACACACAGUAUAUUUUGACCGAUUUAACGUUAAAUGUUUUGUGUUUGUUGGAUUUUUCACGUUUACACGCGCAGGUUUCCUGUCUCCUCGCUGCAGUGGGUUUUGGGGGCUUUUUUUGGUUUGUUUGGUUUUUUUUAAGUUGAAUGAAAAAAAUGUGUUUUGAUUUCUUCAACCUGCAGAGAUUUAAAUUGUGAAUCAUAAAAGCAAAAUGUGAGUAAACAUGGAGUAUUUCUGAUGAA